AUGGUCAAGUUCGCUUCCGUCGCUUUCCUCGCCUUCGCCGCUCUCGCCUCGGCCGCUCCCAUCACCCCCUCCCCCUCCGUCAAGGUCGAUCCCGUCACCCCCUCCCCUUCCGUCAAGAUCGAUUCCGCCACCGCCGACUCUGACAAUAUCUUCGCCACCGACGUCAAGUACACCGGCAAGGCCACCUGGUUCACGGAUUCCUAUGGCUCCUGCAACAUCGAGUGGAACGGCGACUCCGAGCCCACCGUCGCCUUGAACGCCCAUCAGAUGGGUGCCGUCUCCUGGGGCAACCCCGCUUGCAACAAGCGCGUCCUCAUCGUCAACCAGGCGAACGGCAAGUCUGUCGAGGCCCGCAUCGUCGAUAAGUGCCCCGGUGACGAGUGCGCCUGGGGCUCGCUCGAUCUCUCCCCUGCCGCCUUCAAGCAGCUCGGUAGCUUGGACACCGGUAUCCUGCCCAUCGAAUGGCACUAUAUCUAA